AUGUUUACCCUUGAGGACAUUGCUACAUUUAAUGACAUUAAGCCAACUUACCGAAUCCUGAAGCCAUGGUGGGACGUCUUCAUGGAUUACCUGGCAGUUAUAAUGUUGAUGAUAGCUAUCUGUGCGGGAUCCAUGCAACUUCUCGAAGAUCAGAUGGUCUGCUUGCCGGUAUUGCCAUCUCCUAUAAAUGCGGAGACGCACAUACCACCAGGAAAUACUGACAUCCCAAAGACAGAAGCAGCCACUAACCAAGACCAAGAGGGGCAGAUGACAAAUGACAUUUCCCUUGGCACAUCUGCUGUGAUAUCUGACAUACCUCUCAAAGCCACGAAAGAUCUAACAUGCCAAAAAAACAACUUGGAUUUUCAGCAAUAUGUAUUUAUUAAUCAGAUGUGUUACCAUCUAGCCCUUCCCUGGUAUUCUAAGUACUUUCCAUACCUUGUACUUUUACAUACUAUUAUUCUCAUAGUCAGUAGCAACUUUUGGUUCAAAUUUCCCAAAACAUGCUCCAAGGUAGAACAUUUUGUUUCGAUAUUAGGAAAGUGCUUUGAAUCUCCUUGGACUACAAAAGCGCUGUCUGAGACAGCAUGUGAAGACUCAGAGGAAAACAAGCAGAGGAUAACGGGUGCCCAGACUCUACCAAGGCAUGUGUCUACUAGCAGCGAUGAAGGCAGCCCCAGUGCCAGCACCCUGAUAAGCAACCAAACAGACUUUAAAUAUUCAGCUGAGAAGCCUGUGAUUCAACUUCCCAGCAUGACCAUUCUGGAUAAGAAAGACGGUGAGCAGGCCAAAGCCCUGUUUGAGAAAGUGAGGAAGUUCCGUGCCCACGUGGAAGACAGUGACUUGAUCUACAAGCUCUAUGUGGUUCAGACAGUUAUCAAAACAGCCAAGUUCAUUUUCAUUCUCUGCUAUAGUGCAAAGUUUGUCAACACAAUCAGCUUUACACAUGUCUGCGAGCCAAAAAUUGACCAUCUGAUUGGCUAUGAGGUCUUUGUGUGCACCCACAGCAUGGCUCAUAUGUUGAAAAAGCUUCUCGUCUGCUACAUAGUCAUAAUUUGUGUUUAUGGUUUCAUUUGCCUCUACGCACUCUUCUGGUUAUUCAGGAUACCUCUGAAAGAAUAUUCUUUUGAAAAAGUCAGAGAGAAGAGCAGUUUUAGUGACAUUCCCAAUGUCAAAAAUGACUUUGCUUUCCUUCUGCACAUGGCAGACCAGUAUGACCAGCUGUAUUCCAAGCGUUUCGCUGUGUUCUUAUCAGAAGUCAGUGAAAAAAAACUUCGGGAAAUCAGCCUGAACCAUGAGUGGACAUUUGAGAAACUCAGGCAGCACGUCUCACGCAAUGCCCAGGACAAGCAGGAGUUGCACCUGUUCAUGCUGCCAGGUGUGCCUGAUGCUGUCUUCGACCUCACAGACCUGGAUGUGUUAAAGCUUGAACUGAUUUCAGAAGCUAAAAUUCCUGCUAAGAUAUCACAAAUGACUAAUCUCCAAGAGCUGCACCUCUGCCACUGCCCUGCAAAAGUCGAGCAGAAUGCUUUCAGCUUUCUCCGCGAUCACUUGAGGUGCCUUCACGUGAAGUUUACUGACGUGACUGAAAUUCCAGCCUGGGUGUAUCUACUCAAGAACCUGCAAGAGCUGUACUUGAUAGGCAAUUUGAAUUCCAAAAACAAUAAGAUGAUAGGACUCGAAUCUCUUCAUGAACUGCGGUACCUGAAGAAUCUCCACAUGAAGAACAAUUUGACCAAGGUCUCCUCCAACAUUACAGUUGGGGCUCCACAUCUUACGAAGUUAGUCAUUCAUAAUAAUGGCACUAAACUCUUGAUACUGAAUAGCCUUAAGAAAAUGAUGAAUGUUGCUAAGCUUGAACUCCAAAAUUGUGAAUUAGAGAGAAUUCCACAUGCUAUUUUCAGCCUCUCUAACUUACAGGAACUGGAUUUAAAAGCCAAUAACAUCCGGACAAUUGAGGAGAUCAUCAAUUUCCAGUAUUUAAAACAAUUGACUUGUCUAAAAUUAUGGCAUAACAAAAUUGUUACCAUUCCUUCCUCCAUUACCUGUAUCAAAAAUUUAGAGUCGCUUUAUUUCUCUAACAACAAGCUUGAGUCCUUACCAGUGGCUGUAUUCAGUUUACAGAAACUAAGAUUCUUAGAUGUUAGCUACAACAACCUUUCCAUGAUUCCAAUAGAAAUAGGAUUGCUUCAGAACCUGCAGCAUUUGCAUGUCACAGGGAACAAGGUGGUCAUCCUGCCCAAACAAUUGUUUCAAUGCGUGAAUUUGAGGACUUUGAAUCUGGGGCAGAACUGCAUCUCCUACCUCCCAGAACUAAUUGGGCAGCUCUCCCAGCUCACUCAGCUGGAGCUGAAGGGGAACUGCCUAGAUGGCCUGCCAGCCCAGCUGGGCCAGUGUCGGAUGCUCAAGAAAAGCGGGCUUGUUGUAGAAGAUCACCUUUUUGACACGCUGGCACUCGAAGUCAAAGCAGCAUUGAAUCAAGAUAUAAAUGUUCCCUUUGCAAAUGCGGUCUAA